UCCUCCUCCUCCUCUGCGCCCCGGCCCCGAUGCCCGCCCGUGCCAUGGAUGCCAAGGUCAAGGUCGUCGCCCUCCUGGCCCUCGUGCUGGCUGCUCUGUGUCUCAGCGACGGGAAACCGGUAAGCUUGAGCUACAGAUGUCCCUGCCGAUUCUUCGAGAGCCAUGUUGCCAGGGCCAAUGUCAGACAUCUCAAACUCCUUAGCACUCCCAACUGUGCCCUCCAAAUCGUGGCAAGACUGAAGAGCAACAAUAGACAAGUGUGCAUUGAUCCGAAGCUGAAGUGGAUUCAGGAAUACCUGGAUCAAGCUUUAAACAAGAGGUUCAAGAUGUGAGAGGCGCAGGUUGUGUCAGAUGCCUGAGGAACCCUUACGAUAGGAACCCAGGUCUGAAAGCAGUGUUAGGAAAGGCCUCAGGGGCUCCCCUACAUCCAGUUAGGCCCCAUUUAUGUUGUCCAAGGGUUUUGGUCUGUGUUUUGCCUUCCUUUCACCAUUUAAUUUUCUAGCAAGAUAUAUGGUGUUUAUUUUUCAUUUAGUUUUAUUAUCAAUGUCACUGGUGACAGGAAUUUAAUUAUUUUACAUACUUUAUCAUAAUAUCUUCCCUAUGGAGUCACUGAUCUCCUCCAGCUUCCUGAGGUUUUUUUUAUCACUGAGCUGAUCUGACUGGGGUCUCAGACUCAGGGAAUCUGGCCCACAUUAUUCCCUGGGAUGGCGAAUCAUCAGGAAGUGUCAGGACCAAUCAGCAUGAACAAAUCCUGGGGAUGGCUGCCCUAUGGAGCAAGGUGAUCUUUUUGAGGGCUGGGAUCUAGAAGGUCAUGAAGUAGCCUCACCCACCUUUCAAGUAAAAACAGUGAGGUCUGCCCCUUUG